GGAAUAAUUUAUGGAGAUUUUAAUGGAUGUGUAUCUGCAAUAAUUAUUCAGGAUCACUCGAUGCCAUCGGUACUGCGCUUCUUAAGCCGAACUCGAAACCGAAGAUACUUGAUUUUGAACUAUCGAACCAUUCAAUCGAUCCUGAUUCUACUAGACUACCAGCAACUACCUGGAUAUUUCCAACGUUAACAGCCAACCAAUCAACCAAUCAUAACUCAAUAGGACGUAAAACUACAUUCAUUUAUUUUCUGUUGUUUGUGCUCUAAACCGACAUUUUGUAUUAUAUUAAAAGGGUGACAUUUUGUGAAAUUUGGAUCCAAAAGAACUUCAGAUAGAUUGUUUUGUCGAUUCUGUGAUAAAGAAAACUAGAAGAUGGCUGAGAAAGUUCUAUACACGGAGGAUUUUGAUGUUUUAGGGCUGGUGGGGUCGGGUAACUUUGGAAAAGUUUAUCUAAUAGAGCACCGAGUGACCCAUCUACAGUUCGCGAGAAAAGAUAUUCAUUUAUCAGGACUAUCGAGAGAACAAAUAGUUAAAUCUGAAUCAGAGGUAGAGAUGAUGGAGAAAGCUAAACAUCCUUUCAUUCUGAAUAUUAUCUCGUCUGUAAGAACACCCGAAUAUAUCUAUAUAUUCACUGAAUUCUGUUUUGGAGGAGACUUGAAGAAGUUUAUAGCCAGUGUGACGGACCCCGAACUUCCUGAAAAGUUGAUCGUUUGCUGGUUGAUACAGCUUACUGAAGCACUACAGUUUCUACAUGGUAAAAAUAUGUUACAUCGAGAUAUCAAGCCAGAGAAUAUCUACCUGUCAGAUAAUGGUAAUAUUAAAUUGGGCGAUUUCGGAGUUUCUAGACAAUUAAAAUUGAACGAGUUUGCAGCUACAACAUUCGCUGGUACACCGUGUUAUAUGAGUCCUGAAAUUCUCUCACAGAAAGGUUAUAACAGUAAGACUGAUAUUUGGAGUUUAGGAUGUGUGAUAUAUGAACUAGCCACAAGAGAGAGAGCCUUCAAUGUUAAUGAUUAUUUUUUCCUCGUCUUUAAAGUUGUCAGGGGCGAGUCUCCAAAGAUACCCAACUCUUACAGUCAGGCGCU